GAUUGUGGCACGGGGGGGCGGCGGCGCUAGCGGCGGCGGCUCCUCUUCCUGCUCCUGCGCUCGGGAAAGCGCUGCCUGCCGGCGAGGGGAGGGGGACGAUGGAUCCCAACAGGAUCAUCCAGGCUCUGAAGGGCACCAUAGACCCCAAACUGCGCAUCGCCGCCGAGAACGAGCUCAAUCAGUCCUAUAAGAUUAUCAAUUUUGCUCCAAGUCUGCUGCAAAUCAUAGUAUCAGAUCAAGUUGAAUUUCCAGUGCGUCAAGCAGCUGCCAUUUACCUGAAGAAUAUGGUGACACAGUACUGGCCGGAUCGUGAACCACCUCCUGGAGAAGCAGUAUUUCCAUUCAACAUUCAUGAAAAUGAUCGUCAGCAGAUUCGUGAUAACAUUGUUGAAGGAAUAAUUCGUUCUCCUGACUUAGUGAGAGCCCAGCUGACAAUGUGUCUCCGUGCUAUCAUUAAACAUGACUUUCCUGGCCAUUGGACAGCCGUGGUAGACAAGAUAGGCUACUACUUGCAGUCUCAGAACAGUGGGAGCUGGCUUGGGAGCCUCCUGUGUCUGUAUCAGCUGGUGAAGACUUACGAAUACAAAAAAGCAGAGGAGCGAGAUCCUCUCAUAGCAGCAAUGCAAAUAUUUUUGCCUCGGAUUCAGCAGCAGAUGAUCCAGCUUCUGCCUGAUAACUCCCAUUACUCUGUACUGCUUCAGAAACAAAUCUUAAAAAUCUUCUAUGCUCUUGUUCAGUAUGCAUUGCCGCUCCAGUUGGUGAAUAACCAGACUAUGACUCAGUGGAUGGAGAUCUUCCGUACUAUCAUUGACAGAAACGUACCUCCAGAGACUUUGCAAAUUGAUGAAGAUGAUAGACCGGAGCUGGUGUGGUGGAAAUGCAAGAAGUGGGCAUUGCAUAUUGUAGCUCGUCUUUUUGAACGGUAUGGAAGUCCUGGAAAUGUAACUAAAGAAUACUUUGAAUUUUCAGAGUUUUUUUUAAAAACCUAUGCUGUGGGCAUACAACAGGUUCUCUUAAGAAUCUUAGACCAGUACAGGCAAAAAGACUAUGUUGCACCACGUGUUCUUCAGCAAACAUUAAAUUAUCUGAACCAAGGAGUUAUUCACUCUGUAACAUGGAAGCAAAUGAAGCCACACAUACAGAGUAUAACAGAAGAAGUGAUAUUCUCUCUAAUGUGCUACAAAGAUGAGGAUGAAGAGCUCUGGCAGGAGGAUCCUUAUGAAUACAUCCGCAUGAAAUUUGAUGUGUUUGAGGAUUAUGCAUCCACUACAACAGCAGCACAGAAUCUCCUUUAUACUGCUGCAAAGAAGAGAAAAGAGGUAUUACCAAAAAUGAUGGCAUAUUGCUACCAGAUUCUUACAGAGCCAAACAUUGAUCCAAGGAAAAAAGAUGGAGCUUUGCAUGUUAUAGGAUCCCUAGCAGAUAUUUUACUGAAGAAGAGCGUCUUCAAGGAUCAAAUGGAGCUGAUGUUACAGAAUCAUGUAUUUCCAUUGUUCAUGUCUAACCUGGGGUACCUCAGAGCUAGAUCCUGUUGGGUACUUCAUUCAUUCAGUGCUUUGAAAUUUCACAAUGAGCUAAACUUGAGGAAUGCAGUAGAGUUGGCAAAGAAGAGCCUAAUUGAUGAUAAGGAAAUGCCUGUCAAAGUAGAAGCAGCUAUAGCUCUUCAGACGUUAAUAAGCAACCAAGAGCAAGCCAAGGAAUAUGUGAAGCCUUAUGUAAGGCCAGUUAUGCAAGAGCUCUUGCAUAUUGUUAGAGAGACGGAAAACGAUGAUCUUACUAACGUAAUCCAGAAGAUGAUCUGUGAGUACAGUCAGGAAGUUGCUACCAUCGCCGUUGACAUGACUCAACACCUGGCUGAAAUAUUUGGUAAAGUACUUCAGAGUGAGGAAUAUGAGGAAGUAGAGGACAAAACAGUUAUGGCCAUGGGCAUCUUGCACACAAUUGACACUAUCCUGACAGUUGUGGAAGAUCACAAGGAGAUAACUCAACAGCUCGAGAGCAUUUGUUUACAGAUCAUUGGCCUCGUUUUGCAGAAACACGUUAUAGAGUUUUAUGAAGAAAUUCUCUCCUUGGCCUACAGCUUGACAUGCCAGAUGAUUUCACCUCAAAUGUGGCAGCUUUUAGGUGUUUUAUAUGAAGUGUUCCAGCAGGAUUGCUUUGAGUACUUUGCAGAUAUGAUGCCUCUCUUGCAUAAUUAUGUGACUAUUGACACUGAUACUUUACUGUCUAACCCAAAGCAUUUAGAAAUCAUUUACGCCAUGUGUAAAAAGGUAUUAACAGGAGAUGCAGGAGAAGAUGCAGAGUGCCAUGCAGCCAAACUCCUAGAAGUAAUUGUUCUUCAAUGCAAAGGACGGGGUAUUGACCAGUGUAUUCCACUCUUUGUGGAGGCUGUUCUGGAGCGGUUAACUAGAGGAGUUAAAACAAGCGAGCUUCGUACCAUGUGUCUUCAGGUUGCCAUAGCCGCACUCUACUACAAUCCUGACCUACUUCUGCACACCUUAGAGAACAUCAGAUUUCCACACAAUCCUGAACCCAUCACUGCACAGUUCAUAAACCAGUGGAUGAAUGACACAGACUGUUUUCUUGGACUCCAUGACAGAAAGAUGUGUAUAAUAGGACUGAGCAUCCUAAUGGAAUUGCAGAACCGACCACCUGCAGUGGAUGCUGUGGCUGCCCAGAUUGUGCCUUCAAUCCUCCUCCUCUUCCUGGGCUUAAAACAAGUUUGCGCCUCACGAGAGCUCACAGAACAUGAGGAUCAUGCUAAAGACGAAAAACACGUUGCAGAAGAUAAUGAAGAGAUACCGAGUGAUGAGGAGGAGACAAAUGAAGUGAGCCAGGCGAUGCAAGAAAACCAUGGUGGAGGAGGAGGUGGUGGUGGUGGUGGAGGUGGAGAGGAAGAGGAUGAAGAUGAUGAUGAUGAUGAUGACUGGGAUGAAGAUGCAUUGGAAGAGACUGCUCUUGAAGGGUUCAGCACACCUCUUGACCUUGAAAAUGGUGUCGAUGAAUACCAGUUUUUUACACAAGCACUUUUAGCGGUGCAGAGCCGAGAUGCAGCCUGGUACCACUCACUGACAGCACCCUUGAGUGAGGAUCAGAAGAAACAGCUGCAGGAAAUUUAUACAUUAGCAGAACAUCGGCGAAAUGCUGCAGAGACUAAGACAAUAGAACAACAAAGUGGCUACACAUUUGACAACAAAGGACUGAUCACAGCAUUUAACUUUGCUGGAAGUACUCCUGGUGGCAACUGAAGGAUCAACUGCAAAGGUCAAUGGGAAGGGUCUCAUCAUUACAUUUUCUUGAAAUCAUCAUGACUUCUGAGUGAUAGGGGAGGGUAAUUUAAUGCUGCUGAAAGUUUUCUGGAAAAUAGCAGUGUGCUUCCCCCACCAGAAUGCUCUUUCUAACCAGCUACUGUAAUGUACAAAUUCUUGUGGUGUUUUUAUAAUUUGAUGGACUGAAAGGAAACAUUUGUCCUCAAGGAACCUGAAUGACUGGGAGGGGCCAGGCUGCAUCUAAUUGAGUUGCACUUCUCAGGUUUUUGCUGUGCAGAAUUGAUAGAUUCAUAUGGAUAACAGUGCCUUCUGUUGUACAUGGAUUGCCUGAACAAAUGGAUUUUGGAGUGCAUUAUACUUUUUUAAGUGUAAGGACAUUUCUUGAUACACUGUAAGCCUUGGUUCCACGUUUUCCUGUCAUCUGCUUUUUACUACUCAGUUUAAUUGUUGUUGGUUGCAUACACAUUGCUGGAUUCAGAUUAUGAUCUCAUCUUCCCUGUUUGGUGCAGACCAAAUGUGUAGAGGGAGGUGCCUGUUGGAGUUGCAAAGCAUACACUGGUUACGUCAAAGGGUCUUAACAAAUUGCAGAUUUUCCCUUGAUGCAGUAGUCUUAAAUUAUUUCUCUUAGCCAUGAAAUCAACUCGCUUGAGUUAUGAUGGCAUGGCAGGUGGCUACCCUAAAUCUACAUGGAUAUUACCUCCUGCCUGGACAAGUGGUGUGGCCCUCGCAUGUAGGUGUUCUACAUGACAACUUUUUAUUUCCACUAUUUUUGAUGCAUAUUGGAUUUUACUUGGGAUUCUAUAAACCUCUUUCCUGUUUUGAUUCAUUCAUUACCAUUCCAGUGGUAGUACUGAAUAAUGUGGUAUAAAAUAUUCAGAAUAUUUUAUUUAUCUUGAUAGAAGAAAAACAGCUCCAAACUUAUUUCUUCUUACUCUUACACUUCUGUGAUUGAACUUCUAGUCUGCAUUCCAUUUGGCUGUUCUUGUCCCUUGCUGAAAUAUCUACCAGGUUUCUUCCUAAAUUUCAAAGACUGGUUUCUGAUAAACUGAAACACAGAUAACAAGGUGUUUGUGAAUAUGUUCAUUUAGUGAGAAACUGAUAGCAGUACUAAUUUGAAUAGGUGCCCCUCCUUUAGAUCUAUUUGGGAUCGCAGUGGUGUAGCCAAAAUAAGUAGGGGUGCUUUAGAAUAUGAAGUUUGGAUUGGAGAUAAAAUCUUUAGACCAGAUUUUGUCUCUGUGUUAAUUUCCUUAUGAUGUAAAAAUAUUUACCAAGCAAUUUUAAGCACAUGCUGAUAAUGUAUUUCUUUAGAGCAAUGCCCCAGCUGAAAAGUCGAAGCCCUUCCCAUACCCCAUCAAAUUUUCAACUGUAGUGUAUUACAGAUUGCUUGCCCUGCACUGUGCUGAAGCUUUCUUUUUUUUAUAUGUCAGAGUAAUUAUAAUUUGGUCUGAUAAAUCUGAAGCAGUCUACACCUUGGCUUCUGGAAAAGGCCAAAGUGUGUCUGCCUGUUCCUUGCCCCAUCCCCUGGAAUUUUCUAAGUCCGGCAGCUGUGGGGCAGAAGAUUCCACACUGCUUUUCUUUUUCCUACACCUUUGUGUCAGACUCUCUCUGGUGCUGUUCUCUGCUGCUGCUUUUUUUUUUCGUCCCCCCCCCUCCCCCCCCAGCAGCUGCAAAGUAAAGUUGGCCUGGUUCCUGUAGGUUUUUUUACUGCUGCUACUCACUUAAUAGCAACAGUGAAAAUUUCUCACUUUUAGGUCUCUUGUGCAUAUGGAAAACUGUGAGAAUUCCAGGGUCUAUAUUUCCAAAAGUGAACAAUACAUUAGACCUGCCUUGGACAGGCUCUUUAAGUUCAAGCAGCAGAGGGCCAGGACAUCCUUUAUUUUGAAAUGUUGGACCAUGAAAAUCAUAGGUCACUUUUGCGAACUUAGGCCUGGGGGUGUAUUGACUGAGCUGGUAGGAAGGCAUUGCAUCCAGUUUGUUGGUGAAUUUCUCAGAAACCAUAGAAGUUUUGAAAUCCUUCACAAAUAUAAGAAAUGUUUUUUGGAAGUCGAGGACGUGGACGACUUACCUGACACUUGAAGUUAAGUGUUAAGAAGGUAAACUGUUUAAGUCCUUUAUUAUUUUAUUUAAAAAAAAAAGAGAUUGUCAAGUUGGGUUUCUUUCAAAGCCCAUUUUCCUUCUCUACACUGCAGAGUAAAGAGGGAUUUAUUUUUCUUCUGCUAAUGAGGUUGCUCACACAGUCACAAGCUAAUAUUUAGGAGUUAAUGCAUUCAAGGAAAAAUCUGCUUUUGCAUACAUCACCUUUGUGUCACUCAGCUGAACUAUGGCUGCUCCCUAGUUCUGCUUCUUGUAUACUUUUCAAAUCAACUGCCAAGAAAAUUUCAUCCAGAUGUUUCUUACAAGGGGUUUAAUCAGCAGCGUGGAGUCGGGAAUCUUUGUUGUCUGUUUUGCAGUGGGGGUCAGAGAUGUCUGAGGGGAUGGCAUGUAAAAAGGUUAAAUGCCCUUCCCUUCCCAGGAGAUUCAUGAGCAAAUAUUUCUACUGGCAAAAGCAAAUGUUGAUUAUUUUAUUCCUUUUUUUGAAAAGGGAAUUCAUUCAACAAGAUUUAUUGGGCUCUAACCUCCACUUUAACAUAUGGUUCUCUUUUAACAUGAUAAAUAUCCGUUUGUACAUGAUCAUAAAUAGGUAAUGGAUUUUAGGGAUUUCUUUCUGAGCUGUAUCCAGCUUUGUACUACAUUAAAGGGUGAGUAACACAAAUGUGCAUUACUGUCUCGCUUUGUAGCCAAGGUAAUCAUGGAAUAUCAGAUACCAGCAUUGGCCAACCAAGCAGGAUGGAUUUGCCAUUGGAAGUACAGAGAAUCAUGAAUGUAUUGUAAAAUAAAACAAAGGCUGAUAACCAGUGACCUGUGUUGCCCCAUGCCCGUGUUCCCAAAGCGUGAAGGUGACUUAUAUGAGCACCAUGGGGGCUUUACAUAGGAAAUUAACAUUGUGUAGGUUAGAAUCAUAGCAAAUGUUAACUUCCAUGAUAAGCUGCUUUUUCAGGUAAAAUGAACUGAUGUGGGGUAUUGAAUUGCAUAUGCUGUUUUGUCACUCUUAAAAGGAAAAUAAGAAUCACUACAUGUUUUGGCUGCUUCUUUUUACUCUCUGUCUUUCAAAGUUGAAGUACUUGGUUUGCUUUCAUAACAAAGCAAAAUCUUUAAUCAAAAUGGCCAACUUCAGAAAGAGUGCAGAAUAUCAGGCUAAAGAAAAAGCUAAAAAAAACCCCAAACCCACUUGUGCACAGUCUGAUCGAAAUAAAUGUGCUUUGGGAGUGUCUGUCAAAAUACGUAAAGAAUGUUACACAGAAUGAUAUUGUGAGAUUCUUUGCUUUAGGGGGGCAGGCUGCCUGCAGGGUGUCAGGGACACAUGAAAUGAACUGCUUUAGGACAUGACUUUUGCCUGUGAAGUCCAGGCAGUUUGUGACUCUGGAUUCCAUCCUACAUUGUAGAGGAGAGAAGGUAGGACAGUAGAGGAUUUUUUUAAUUUUUUUUUUUUUACUGUAAAGCAAGAGUCUGUCUUGAGACUUUUAUGAGCCAAAGGAAUUGUAGACAACAUGAAUCAUUAACUGUCUCUUGUUUCCAGAAUACUUUGCAGCCUUUUUUUCCCCCUCCUUUUCUUCCCUUUGCCAGCUGCUAUGUUAUCAGAUAUUUCAGGAGAUACUCAAAAUACCUGAAAAGGUAAAGCUUAAACAAAUUUUUUUUUUUAAAUUCGAUUGUUCUUGAAGCAAUGCAACCUAUCCAUUGCAUUUGUGUCAAUAGAACAAAGUCUCUUGUUUGGCUUAUGCAGAUGAUACAGAACUACAAAAACCCCUCACAUGUGCCUGCUGUUUGAGAGAAACCUUUCUAUGAUUUGCUUCUUAAUAUGGGUACUUUGAAAUCCCCACGCAUUGUACUGAAAUUUGCUCAAAGGAUAGGCAACACUGUGUAAUAGGAUAGGAUACACUGUGUAAUGGAGUACUCAGUCCCAGUUCUGAGAUACGCCCUGGUCAGUCUUUUGAUAAUGUUUAACAGUCUGGUGGUCAGUUCCUCAAGGAUCUCCGCCUCUGACUGACAUCCUUCAAGUCCAAGAAACUCUGUAUCUUUGCAGGCGGACAGAGAAUCACGUUUCCCUCAUUGCAGCAAAGCAUACAGCAGGUAUGGCUAACAACUGCUUGACGUUAUGAGUGAAAAUAACACUCUCUUCUCUCAGAUGUCCAAUCUUACCCCAAACAGAUGGGAUACAGAAGAGAUGGAUGUUCCCAAUGUGUUAAAGGAAGUCAGACGCUAUUCCAGAUACCAGAAAAGUCUUAACAUAAAGCCAUGUCUUAAAGAGGAUGUAUAAACAGGCCAAGCUGCUUGCUUUCGACACCUCUUCCACUGCUAUUGCUUUUGUAGAAACAACCAAACAAAGCCAGUCUAAACCAAAAGAGAACUAAAGCAGUGCUUGUGCACUAGACAGGUAGAAACUUCCCUGGCCUAUGGAUCUAAUCUCAAUACUCACUGCAAAUGCACUCAGAUACUUUUAAAAUAGAAUAUGUAGCAUCUGUAUGGAUAUCAGUACCCUGAAUCUGACAGCAGUUAAUGAGAGGUAAAGACUUAGUGUGAUUUUUCUCUGACAGAGAACAAAUGCAUCCCUUUAAAAAGUCUGGGAACCUCUUGUCCUGGCUGAUGUGCAGUCACUGAUGGGAGACACUCAGUGGGAUUACAGCCUUUCUUAAAGAUUGUCAGUAUAUCUCCUACCAAAGGGCUACCUAAAGUGUUCCAUGUCUAGGGAGCUAACUGAUGAACCACUCCCCAACUAAAGUUUAAGGGACAACAGUUCAAAGAGAAUCUGCAGGCACAUGUAAUGGUGAUGAAUUGGGAAAGCAUGCAUUUAAAUUGACGUGUGAUGUGUUUGAAACGAUCUCGGAUCUGCAGUGUUCCUGAUUUUGCCUGGAUCUUCUAGAGGAGUGUCCAAGAAUUCUGUCCUGUGCUUUUCUCCAGGAAGAGAAUGUGCUUGACUUCUUGAGCAGCCUCAAAUUUGGUGCAAUGCUUUGAACUUGGGAUCAGAAAGCAAUUUUCCUUACAAGCUGGUAGUUGUCUGUAUCAGAAAAAUGAAGUGAAAGUGGUAUAUUAAUGCUGGGAUUCUCUUCAUAGGCUGUGUAGAGAUUCACAAUUUUAAGUGCUUGGCUGUGUGCAUGGUGGGGUAGGAGAUGAACUUUCAGAUGCAUUUAUUUCUCCAAUGUGAAUGCAACAGGCUCAGCUCCAGGAUUCACCUGAGGUGAAUGGAGAGUGUUGCUCAGGGGAUGCCUGCUGGACCAUCCAGGAUUAUAUUAGAUGAAGUGAAAUGCAAAAACUGAAAAAUUACUUGAUAAUUGAAGUUGUUGAGCAACAAAAAUGAGUGUUUUCUUGAAAUGAGAUUUGAAUAUUAUGUUCAGGUAUGUUUUAAUUUCCAGGUUUCUUGCCCUUAUGCAAAAUACAAAAUUACUACAUGACAUGGAGGCCUAUUGAUUUUUCACAGGACUGUUUACCAUUGAAGGUGUUUAUCCAAGAGUCAUACCUCAUUUUUAGAUAUUUUCAACAUGUUUGUUAGUAAAGUUGCACAUAUCCCUCUUUCACUACUUUCCACGCACAGAGAUCUUGGAAAUGAAUUUAACAAAAGGAAGAACAACAGUGCUUCGAAAAGACUAUGCAUAAGCAAGUUAUUUUUAGGAAACAGAACUACUAUGGCCUCUGAAGAAAAUAUGAAACAAUAAAUAUUUAUACAAAAGUGCAUGAGGUAAAGAAAUGAAUAUAAGACAAUGUAAGCAAGACUCUGUUCUUUGAUCCCAGCUGUAACUAUUUUUUUUCAUUGCCAAACAAUGUGUGAAAAUUGCUUUUGAUUGCAUGUGCUGUCGGUAGUACGCUUAACGAAUAUCACCUGAAAUGUUUUUGGGCUCAGAAAGAGACCAAAGAAGCCAUGCAGAUUUCUUUUGAUAUUAAAAGCAAAGACAUGAGCCCAUGCCUGCAGUGACUCGAGGGAGACCACUAUGUGCUACAUUAGCAGAUUGAAUUGCAGCAUCAUCACCUUUGUAAGACGCCUAAAAUACUGAACUGCGGGUUGGCUUUGAGGGCAAGAAUUGACAAAUGCAAAACAUGCAUUGAUGACAAGAAGAACCUCUUCCUAGCUUAAAAAAUUCUGUACAGUGUUCUCUUAAGCUGUGCUCAAUUUGCUUUAAAAAUAGUAAUAAAUCUUAUUGCUUAGGUCAAAUGUUACAUCUGUUGUGCAUUUAUAUGGGA